AUUGUCGCUGGAAGAUGCUACUUUUUUUGUUUUCUUUUUCACACCUUCUCCUCCCCCACCAAGGGACAAGUUCUGGGAUGAAGCCCAGCUUUAAAUUUUUUUCUUUACUAAUCUAUGUGAGGCAACUGCUUUUCUCCCCGUUCCCCCCAAGCAAUAAUUCAGUGAAUAACAAAAUAGACCUCUCUACCUAGGAUGACAUGUAUAAAAGAGAGAUACCUUCUGUAUAAAACACAAUUAUUCAGAAAGUUGGUAUGUAUUAACUUGAAACAUUAUAGAAUAAAUCAGAGUGCAAUGCUUAAAUAAAUAAAUAUCUUGAGCUGGUGAUAUCAAGCCCUGCUGGUAAGCUUGGUCAAUUAUAAAUCUUAGAUGUUUUACCUAGAGUUCUUUUUUACCUUUUCUUGGCCAAAACAGUUGCAAUAUGGAUGAUCUUUGAGCUCAAGGACUUUUAAUUAUGAGUGUCUUUGCUAAAAUAAAUUCAGACAGAAAGCUAAAACGGUUAUAGCCCCAGCAAAGGUGGACUUUAUGUGUACCUUCCAAGUUGCCUAGUCCACAUCUCUUUAUUUUUAAGUAAUUAUAUGAAUGGAAUAUGUCAAUUUUGUGACGUUUAAUGUUCAUGAACAGUAUUUUCAUCUUUGUUUUAAUCUUAUGUAAUCUCUGAAUGGACUUCUUCUGUUAUCAUUAGUCACUUUCUGGUUAUACUUCAUUUUGGAGUUGCUACUUAUAUAGUAAAUGGAGAAUGAACAACAUUUUUAUCAAGCAUGGAAGCGUUUGAUUGUUCUUGGCUUUUGAUGUAUUUCAUUUGAAGAGAUAUUAAUGUUCCUUACUUGGCAGGCAAUUUUGAGACAGCUGGGUCACUUGGGCCAGGAAGCGGUUAUGAUUGAUGAAGCUGGAAUACAGUGUCAUCAACAACUUCAGAAUUUAUACAAAUCUACCCGGGCAGCCAAGCAUUUCCAGAAGGAUAUUGUUCGUGGGGUAGAGGGAUUUAUUACCACUGGCAAAAAACAAAUGGAGAUAGCCAGAAAGUUGGCUGAAGAUUGUUGCAAAUAUGGUAUUGAGAAUCAAGAUGCUGAUACUCCCCUUGCAAGGGCUGCCUUGGAUUUUGGUACCUCACAUACGUCAAUGGAAGAUCAAAGAGAAACUAUGCUUGGGAUUCUUGGAUAUCAGGUAAG